UAAAUACUGAGUGAAGUGGGACUCUUGUAUCUGAGGUGUGUGUUGCCAUCAGAUGGAACUUGACACCGGCGCGCACAGAGCGCGCAGAUCAGGUUAGAAACAUGCAUCGCAACAGAACAUCUCCAAAUCGCAUUCCACAUACUGAAAUCUAAUCCGGGGACAUCAGGAUGUGUGACAUAAUCCCCAAGACAUCUGAAAACUUUGCUCCUCCAUAACGGGGCUCCGGGGUGGUUUUGGGAGAGAUAUGUGGACCUCUUGUUAUUCACUGUUUGCUCUUGCGUGGAUCCAUAAAAGAGGGGGCGGACACUAACUGCCCCCAAACGUCAGAGCGCACUUAACUAUAAAUCUCUCCAAACCGCCCUCUGCGCCCGGUGCGGUGUUUAUGCGCAGCAGACAUCUGUCCAGCUCUCAGUCCAGUGUGAGGACAACGCGCGUGGACGCUGCACAACACUGUAGACACUACCUGACCUGGAAGGAAAUGGAGAAUAAAACCCCUCAUGUGUGCUGUUUACCGUGUCGACAUGUUGUGAAAUGUUGGCGAUGAUGACUUUGUAACGCGCGUGUGGAUUUAUCGGCGCUUGGACUGAUUUCAUUAAGAGCUUGUUGCACUCUGGAAAACCGAUAUUGUGCACAUUUUGCGCCUCGCUCAUGCACUGGAGACGCUGAUGUCUUCAUUGGUCUCCGCGCAGUCGGAGAUGGUGGAUCUCUCUCGGAUUUCCAACGUGGAAACGUAGCAUCUAAUUAAUCAGCGAGUGCAACUGUACCCCCGGCGAGGCGCAGUGGCCCUUGGUCUUCAACACCUACCUUUGGACUCCAAAGUGUGGAAAGGCGCAUGGUUUGGCCGCUGCGCUGAAUCGGAGUAUGAAAAGCGCAGCUGGUGCAGUAUUUCUGUUCCGUUUUCUGUGUGGACACGAACUGAAUCUCAGAAGCGCUUCACGAGUCGUGCCUGUGGAUUGUGGCCGUUAAUGAAACGAGUCACCGCAGCUGAGUCAGCUCGGGACACUCCACGAGACGCGUUUUCUGUUUGGAUUCUAACACCAACGGCCAAGCGUAUUUCAGGUCUGCAUGGGCCAUAUGUGAGCUCUCUUCAUAGGAACUGAGUCUAAGAUGAAGUUAUGGGAUGUUUUGGCCACGUGUUUGUUGCUCCUGAGCUCUGUUGCUACACGGCCUCUCUACCAAAACACUCACCCCGCCAAGAGGACUUACUUCCCCAGCAGCUACAGUGAUUCCGAGUCCCGGUCUGCGGAGGACAAAGAGCCAGCGUUCCAGCGUGAAGACCACAACCUGCAGGAGAUCUCGAUGGAGAGUCCAUAUGACACCACAGGUCUCUAUCCAGAGAAGUUUGACGACGUAAUGGAUUUUAUCGAGGCCACCAUCGGCAGACUCAGGAGAUCGUCAGAGCUCGACGGAGGCUCCAGGGGACGGAGGGAGCAGAGACAGAGGGGAGCGGCAAACACGGGAGGCCCCAGAGGCGAGGGGAGGGGACACGGGGACAGGAGGCGAGGUCGCGGGCGGGGGGGAAGCCGAGGCGGCAAAGGGGGCCGAGGCGAGCGAGGCAGGGAGAGGAUAACGGUGCAGAGUCGGGGCUGCUUGCUAAAGGAAGUCCAUCUCAACGUGACGGACUUGGGACUGGGCUACCAGACGAAAGAGGAGCUCAUCUUCCGGUACUGCAGCGGCCCCUGCGCCGAGGCGGAGACCAACUACGACAAGAUCCUGAACAACCUCACGCACAACAAGAAGCUGGACAAGGACACGCCCUCGCGCACCUGCUGUCGGCCGAUCGCGUUCGACGACGACCUGUCCUUCUUGGACGACAACGUGGUGUACCACACACUGAAAAAGCAUUCUGCACGGAAGUGUGGCUGCGUCUGAGGAAGACGCGCACGUCGGCGGACUAAGGAUGGUCUUUGCGAGUCGGUACAGCGCGGGGACGGAUCGCUGUGGGGGGGAAUGAGCUGGAAGCGGAGGUGUGUCUGCAGUCUUCAAACGACUGCACCGUUAGAACUGACCGGUCCAACUGAGUCAGACCCACUGACCAGUAUUCCCUCCAGUUUGCAGAAGAGUCAGUGCAGUUACACCAGGUUUGCUAACUGUGCUACACUUAAAAAAACAAAAAAAACACACAACGACGACUUUGGCUCGUUUUCCUUGAAGAACUUUGUUUUUCCCCCGACUGCAUAGCUGUCUCCUAAGACUGUGGACGACCACAGAGAUGUGAGGAGAACAUGCAGCUGCAGUCAAAAACCACUUCCACUGCAAAUCUGCGCUGUUGACAAGUACAUUUAUAACCAUGUGAUAAGAAAUACCACACCGGAGUACAGCAAAGACUUUCCGGUGCAACGCAUCUACAUAAAUUUCAAUCAUUUAUAUAUAGAUCUAUAUAUAUAUAUAUAUAUGUACACGUGUGUAUAAGAGGUAUAUUUAUUAAGAUGGAAUUUAACUUAUUGUUAUUUAUUUUAAUCCAUUUUAUGAAAGAAAUUGUCUUUUUCUUUUCGUUUUUUUUUUUCUCUCCCUUAUUUAUUUAAAAGCUUCAUUUUUCCUGGACGGUGCCAAAAAUGGAGCAAUUUCUCGUGCGAAAAUCUUACAAGGUGACCCACAACUGCUAAACACACACAAACACAUCAUAAUAAUAAUAAUAAUAAUAAUAAGAAUAAUGCUUAUUUGCUUCACUUGGGGUUCCAGGGUUUUCUCAAUUUCAUACGUGCAGACCCAUCAUCUAAAAUAUUAAGUAAAGGAGGGAGUAGAAACGCAGACAGAGCAGGGGACCAAUAGAAGAUUUUCAACUGAAGUGAGCUGUUGUUUUUGGGGGUAGUUUUUGUUUGUUUUUACUUUUCUCUUUUUUUGGGACAUUUCACCUCAUUUUCACCUUGCGUGUGUAUGCUACGUCGGCCGUUGCUCUUUCCUCACAUUUCCUGGUACCGGAUUCGUUCAACUAUGACAUUUUUACCAAAUGUUUACAAAGGAGGAGAAUGACUUAUGCUGCUCUGUACUUUUUAAGUUACUCAAACAAAUGAAUUGUACACAAAAAAGGAGCCCCCCCCCCCUACAUGUUUUUAAUUAAAAUCUAAAUGAGAGAGAAGCCGUCCGUCUGAAGAUCUGUAGGUGCCUUUCAGUCACGGAGUGCAGAAGCUGCUAGAAUACCUGCCUCUCAGCUUACAUUAUCCGAAACCUCACUCCGGGCCCUGAGCGAAGGCUUUGCAGUGGUGACUGUCCCAAUACUUUAAAGAUCACUGGACUUCCUGUGUUUGUAUCUCUGCUCUGACAGACGGGUCUUACACCCCCAAAAACAAGAAAAGUGAUCCGAAAAGUCAGUCUUAACCAAAUAUCCACGCGGGGCAAAGGCUGCUGUAAAUAUGCGAAGACUAGAUAGCAUCAGAGUCAUUUAUUCCCAAACUAUAGCAAAAAAAACCAAACACAUAAGGCUCUGCAGAAGCAUGUUGCUGUGCCCAUCGAUGCCCUUCGAGGGGAAUAAUUUUAAAGUGGAACAAAGAGCGCCCUUGGGGGGGUCUCGAUGUUAGCACGGAUUAGGGACCAAGGUAUCUGUGCCCACCCAGCAGCAAGCAAGCAAGCAAGCCAGCUUUACUGUGUAAUCUCCUGCAAACAGAACAAAUCCACUGCAUCAGGCUGAAUUUAGGCCAAAUACUACAGAGGGGGAGAAAAAAACUCGAGCUUUUAUCACAGCAUACCUCAUCAAUUGGAUCAUCUUCCCCUUUAACAACUGAUUUGCGUGUAAGCCUUUCCAGAUGAGAAUGUGCAGAUAGGAGA